CCUUCCAGGACGGAGCUAAAAUGGGUUGGGUGGCCCUUGCAUGGAUGAUCGCUUCAGCUGUACGCAUGUCGAGGGCCUACACACCAACGGCGGUGUUAGGAGUAGCGGGGAGCUCGGUUUUAUUCAAAGCAGCCCCCCCUCCCAAUUUCCACGUCCGGGAAUUCAUCUGGCGUUCCCAGACGCCUUUGGAAGAGUUGGUGGCCACCUCGUUUAAGGGAAGGACAGAGAUCCAGUACCGGUCCCGUUUCUACGGAAGGACUCGUCUCCACGACAACUUCACCUUAGAGAUCAAUCCAGUGGAUUUAGAAGAUGCUGGGAUCUUAUCCGUUCUCCUGGUAGACACCGGAGGACAGAUGAAACAACAAGCAUUCAGGCUGAAGGUUUACGAUACGAUUUCCACCCCGGUGAUCCGGGUGUUCCCCGAAGAAAAGGCCGUAAAUGGCUCCUCCGAAUCGUGUCUCCUUUUCUUAAGCUGCCAUGCAGCCAGCAGGACUAACGUCACUUACGAAUGGGCAGGGCUGGGGGGUAAGCAUUGGAUGAUGGAGGAGGGGCAGCUGCUACGGAUCAAACUGGAUCCCAAGGAAUCUCCCCAGGCGAGUUACACCUGCACGGCCUCUAACCCCAUGGUCCUCAAAUCAGCGACUGUCGAGCUCCGCGACUCCUGCCAACGACCUUCAGAAGGUGGGAAGAAGACGGCGUACAGUUUCAGAGAGCUUCUCUUGAUCGUCAUCCCCGUGGCCUCCUUCUUCUUCAUGCUGGCAGUCCUUUCCUGCGUGUGCUACAAACAGAACUCCGGGAAGAAAAUGUUCUACACGGUUCCCGGAAAUGAGUCGAUCCAGCUUUAGCAGAUGGGGAACACGGAUCUUCCUUGGGUUACUCCGACUGAGACGGUGGAAGGUGUUUCGUGGGGAAUUGAGAAGAGGGAAGGAAGUUGUGUUUGGUGGGAAAAGACUUCCCUUCGACCCCUCCAGAGAAUUGAAGAUUGUCCUCUGGGUCUGGAUACUAUAACUCCCAGAGCUCCCCAGGCAGCACAGCAACCACUGAGAACUUUGGGAGCUGAAGAUUAUCCUCUGAAUUUCGAUACCACAACUCCCGGAGUACCCCAGGCACCACAGCAACCACUGAGGAUUCUGGGAGCUGAAGAUUGCCCUCUGGAUCUCAAUACUACAACUCCCAGAGUUCCCCAGGUAGCACAGCAACCCCUGAGAAUUCUGGGAGUCAAAGAUUGCCCUUUGGGUUUGGCACUACAACUCCCAGAGGUCCCCAGCCAAGAGAGGCGCUGUUGUGAAUUCUGGGAAGCAAAGAUUAUCUCCCAGGCAUGGGUACUACAAUUCCCAGAGUUCCCCAGCCAAGAAACAACCACUUCGGAGAAUUCUGAGGAACCAAAGUUUGUCCUUGAGGUCUGUGAACUAAAAUCAAUCCAAGGUUGAUUACAGCCAUAGACCAGCAUACUGUGAACUACAAUUCCCAGGUUUCCCCUGAGAAUUUUGGAAGCUGGAGACUGCCCUUCAAAUCCGUCAGCAGUCCAUCUUUUAAUUUCUGAGCCAAAAUUCUAGCAGUUCCCAUUUUGUUUUAAUCAGCUGUAAGACAAAUAAAUGCCUAUUUUUAAAAUCUCUCUCUCUCCCUCCUUCUCUCUCUCUC